AUGUCCCACAACUUGACAAUAGAAGAUAUAAAAAGUGAUGAUACGCAGCAUACAGAAAAUGAAAAGAAAGAGAUUGAAGACAUAAAAAUCAGACUUAAAACGCUUGUGCACAAAAUUGAGUCUGAUUUUAACAUAAAAAUUCCAAAAGAAGUUGAAUAUUCAAAAGUUGAUACUCAAAAUCAGAAAAUAGCACCGUGUGACACUCAAAAAGUCACAGAGAGUUAUAAGAAGGACGACACUCAAAUCUCAGAAAAAGACGAUGACGUAUUUGCUAUUUUAACUCGCCUUGAAUUUGUAUAUGAACAACUCAAACUGAUUUGUAGAAGCGCAAACUCCACACAGUCGCAAAGAUCUCCUCGAAAGCAGAAAGUGUCUAAAGACGACUCCGUGAUCCUUCCUAAGUCACCUACGAUGUCUUUGGAUAUCAAAGGUCUUUCUGGGCUGAACGCCAACGAGAGUAAUGAGAUCGUGAAAUUGAAUUCCCAAGCGUUUACGAAGAAGGAAGUGCUUCUCACGAGACGAAAAAAGUCUUCGACGUUUACCGAGAAGCUUCCCAAAGUGGAUAACAAACUUUUCCGCGUUGUCUUUGUCGGCGACGAGAACUCCGAGAAGACGCGCGUCAUCUUUUCAUAUCGGACCAAAAGGUUUCCACCAAAGCACGUUCCACGGAGUGAGGACGUCAAACUGUUGACUGUCGAGUCUCGUUUUGGGAUCACCGACAUUUCAGUGACGGACACAUUGACGGAAAAAGAACACGGCGCACUCAGGAAAGUGGUCUAUUCCUCUGCCGAUCUGUUUGUUGUGUGUUUCUCAUUGAUCGACCCCAAAUCGUUUUUAAACGUCGUGAAGUGUUGGUUACCGGAGAUCCAAAGUGCACGCCCGGAGGUUUCCAUUGUCUUGUGUGGUACACAUUUGGGUGAACAACACGAGGUGAUACCUUUUGAGUUGAUUGAGAACACUAUCACACAGAACCAGAUUUGUAGAUACUUUGAAUGUAACACGACGAGCGGGAAGAAUGUCUUCGAGUUGUUUGAAUUCAUCGGAAAUUUAAGUUUGAGACAACACGAGCAACACGACCAGAACACUAAUUCUAAUUGUGACAUUGUUUAG